UAUGAUUCUGGAAAGAGGAACACAGACUGAAAAUGCUCUGGUGGGUGGAGGCAUCCUACAGCAGGGUGGUAAUUCUAGUUUGUGCUGUGGUUACAGUGGUGCAGGGGGCGGAUCCCUGGGGAGUGAGGUGCACUCCGACUCAGAUCUGUGCUGUAAAAGGAUCGAAGGUGCAAAUACGUUGCUCCUACAGGCACCCAUCCAGAAUAGAUGGCCAUGAUGUUGCAGUGGAGAAAAUGUUCUGGUUCACUAAAGUGCAGGAUGGUGAACCAGUGGAUCUGAGAUCAGCCUCUGAGUACACAGGUCGUGUGAAGUAUGACUGUGGAAACAAGGCCUGCACUCUGACCAUCACAGACCUGAGACACAGUGACUCUGAUGUGUACCAGUUCAGGUUCAUAACAAACCAACCUACUGGGAGUUUAACUGGUUCAGCUGGAGUCUCCUUGUCUGUCACAGGUGUCCAGGUGCUCACCACAAAAAUAUCAGCUUGCAAGACGUAUGACUGUUCAUGGUCACGUGUGGAGUGUCAAACCAGUUGUUCUCCAACUCCCAGUCCGUCCUACAUCUGGUACAAGAACGGACAAAAGACAUCGGGAGAAAAAUCUGAUACAGCCUACUUUUAUUCAGCAGAAAGCAUUUCCUGUGCUGUGAGAGGCCAUGAGGAUUUCCCCUCUGCUCCAGUGUGUGUCGAUGGAAAUUCAUGCAACAGAGUGAAUUACAUGGACAGGAACAUCUGUGCCUUUAAAGGCUCCUCAGUGGACAUCUCUUGCAGUUACAGCAGUCACUCUGAUCCUAUCACAUCUAAGUCCUGGUUCGUUGCUGAGCGUGAGGAUGUGCAGCUGCAUCGUCCUCAAGCUGUGGACUUACUCAAAGACCCAGAGUUCACACAUCGUGUUCAGGUUCUUGAUUCAUGGCGAGGGCGCUCCACUCUGACAAUAAAGAACCUGAGACUGAGCGAUUCAGCCCAGUAUCGCUUCACAUUCAAAUCACAGAGGUUUGAAUGGGACAGAAGUUUCCCUGGCACAACUCUGACUGUCACAGAUCCAGAUGUUCAGGUGAUCUGUUCUCCGAUUGGUCCAACACUGACUUGUCACAGCAGCUGUCUUCUCUCUGGUCGUCCCUCCUUUGUCUGGUACAAGAAUGGAACAGAAAUUCACGGGGAAACCUCUCCAACUUUCAGGGGAUUCCUUCAACCUGAAAACAGCUAUUCCUGUGCUUAUGAGCAUCACCACUCGUCCCCUGUGUAUGCUCCGAAGGUUCCUUUAGUGCAGCUGAGUCAACCUGGAGACAUUCUGAAGGACAGCUCGGUGUCUCUGACCUGCAGCAGUGAUGCUAACCCACCCCCUGCAUACACCUGGUACAAGGAGAACCAGGCUUUGCUCAACAGAGCAGCUCAGCUGGUUUUCAGAUCCAUCCCGUUGUCUGACUCUGGAGAAUAUUACUGUACAGCUGAGAAUGAGCUGGGGAAGACAGCGUCUAAACGUGUCUUAAUAAAUGUGAAAUAUGCUCCACAGUCCUCCUCUGUGUCAGUGAGUCCCUCUGGUGAGAUCAUGGAGGGCAGCUCAGUGACUCUGACCUGCAGCAGUGAUGCUAACCCAGCAGCUAACUACACCUGGUACAAGGAGAACCGAGCUCUGCUUCAAGGACCAGAGGGCGUUUAUCGUCUCUCCUCCAUCAGCUCUGGGGACAGCGGGGUCUACUCCUGCAAGUCUGAGAAUCAGUACGGACGGAUCAACUCCACGUCUCUACACUUAGACGUCCAGUACGCUCCAAAGCCUCCCUCUGUGUCAGUGAGUCCCUCUGGUGAGAUCAUGGAGGGCAGCUCGGUGACUCUGACCUGCAGCAGUGAUGCUAACCCAGCAGCUAACUACACCUGGUACAAGGAGGACGAGGACUCACCAACAGCAUCAGGACAAAUCUUCACCAUCACUAAUAUCACAGCUAAACAUGGUGGAAAGUAUCAGUGUGAGGCCCGGAACACACACGGACGUAGUAAGGCCACCUUACAUCUGACUGUUGGAGCAGGGAAGUCAGUGAUUAUCAUGCAUAUCAUCUGGGUGACUCUGGUGGUCGUGCUGGUUCCAGUGCUUGUCUGGACUCUGUGGACGAGGAUGAAGAAAACUCUGAGCUUGAAAUCAGAAGUGAAUGAAGCUGUGGAGAUGAAAGAGUCAGACAACUGUCCUGUGUAUGAGAACUUCGCUGCUGCAGCACAGACAGAAGACACAGAUGAUUAUGAAAACCUGUGACAAACAGAAUCAAGAUGGACGACUUCAGAGUACAUCCGUACAAGCAAGUUUUACUGAAACCAUAGUGUGUAGUUAUAAAAUACUGGAAAUCUGUCCAAGCAGCAAAAUAUCUGAGUGCAAGCGCAGAGUUUGAGCACAAGCAGAGUGAAUCUAAGCACCAGCAGGAGCUGUGUGAGUGCAAGAGCAGGGUGUUGAGUAAAAACACCACGAAAUCUGAACGUGCAAGUCCAGCUCUCAAACUAAACGACCACGCUUUUUAAUAAAGAGGAAAACACCCGUACAUUUCCUUUCUAACCAUGGUUUCCUGUUUACUUUUCUCCUCAGCUGCACUGUGAUUGGUUGAUGAAAGUAUUUAGGAGGGAACAGGAAGUAUCUCUUUCCAUCCCCGGUUGCAGCAGCAGCAGUUUGUACAGCAUGACCUUUAGAGCAAGUAUUGUUGUGUUGUGUCUUUUCUUUUUCUUUUCUGAUGGGUCCAGUCGUCCAGUUUCAGGAGCUUUUUUUCUGUGAGCUUUAGUUCUGAUGUUGGUUUAGGUUGAAGGAAGAUUCUCAGAUCCUACGACCCUUUGUGGGUUGGUGUGUUGGGUUUUCCUUCUUUAGUCCAUUUUGCCGGCCUGUUGUUGAAGUUGUUGUCUUUUCUGCAAUAAAUAGAUAUUUUUUUUUAGCUGUUACUCUCUGAACUAUGUUGGACGUCUUGGUGAUGAGCCUUUGAGGCUGUGGUAACACCACGUGACUCAUCUUGUGUCUUAUACAUGAUAUUAAUGUGGUUAUUACAUGGAUAAUGAAUUAUUAUGUAUCAUGAUUUUAUGAUUCUUUCUUAAAUAAAUGUUUUUGAUCUUUUGUUUUCA